CGCCACCAUCUCUGCCCGAGAGGCAGUCUCGUCUCGCGUCCAACGGCGCGGCGGCCGGGCCACGCGUCCAUCACUGCAGCGCGCACGCUGUGCAGGUGCAGCGCUGUUGCUAUGGCAUCUGCGCCAGCGGCCCCAAGGCGCCCCAAAAUAGAGCGACCGCCACACUCGCGCGCGGUCGCACGCGCACGAAUCGGAUCGCAAACGCACCGCCCUCUCAGCUCUUCUCUUCCGCCCUCCGCAACUGAGCGCCACUCCCUUCCGCUCUUCUCUUCCGCCCUCCGCAACUGCACCCUGGAGCUCCCGAUCGCGAGGAGACGUCGACAGGUCGUGGCGAUCGCGCUCGAGAAGAACUACAAGUGUGAUAGCAACAACUCAUAUGGCUGGGGUCGAUGAGCAGCAAAUCGAAGAACAUUUUGGUGUUUUUUUUUCCUUUGAUGAAGAUUCUGAAAGUGAGGAUAUAUCACUGGAUGAUUUGGAGGAGGAACUUGAGGAGCACAAGAACUAUGAUGCACUAAUAAGUAUUUUAACCAGUGGUGAAAAACAGCGAGACAGGGCAACCAUGGUUGAAGGCAACCUAGGCUAUAUUGAAAAAGCUCUGAUUCAAGAUUAUGUUGAAGACAGUGACAACCUUGUUCUGUUGCAUGAUCAAAUUCAUGACUGUGAUAUUAUUUUGUCACAAAUAGGAUCACUUCUCAGUGGGUUCCAGGUCCAUAUAGGUUCAAUAAGCUCAGAAAUUAGAAGCCUCCAGGAGAAAUCCUUGGAUAUAGGUCUGAAGCUGAAGAAUCGCAAGCUGGUUGAGACAAAGUUUGCUGGAUUUGUCGAAAAGAUUGUUGCUCCUCCUGGUUUGGUGAAUAUUCUUUUUAAUGGAGAGAUAAAUGAUGGUUAUGCUAAAAGUCUGGAGAUUUUGAGCAAAAAGUUGAAAUUUGUUCAAGUUGAUCCACUGAUUAAUGCAUCAAAAGCUCUGAAAGAUAUUACGGCAGAGCUGGAAAGGCUUCGGCAAAAGGCACUGUCCAAGGUUUCUGGUCAUAUCAUUGAGAUAUUCUUUGCUAUGAAAAAGCCUGGAACGAAUAUACAGAUACUGCAACAAAAUUUGCUUCAGAAACAUAGGUAUCUCAUUCUCUUUCUUAAAGAGCAUGGAUCCAAGACGUAUGACGAUGUCUGUGCAUCCUAUGUCGAUACAAUGAACAAGGUGCUCAGUGCAUAUUUUCGUGUGUAUGUUGAGGCAUUGGAGAGGUUGAAGGUAGAUAUUGGUGUAUCCAAUGAUUUAAUUGGAUAUGAUACCAGUAUCAUUGAUAUUAUAACAAGGAGAAGAGAGUAUUUGAGAGAUCACUGUUUCAUGUUUUCAUUAGGUGAACGUGCAAACAUUUUGAAGGAGAUUGAUCAUCCUGGCUUGGUUCCUCAUAUAUCUCAAGUCAACUGUGUUAAAUACCCAUAUGAAGUUAUUUUUAGGAGCCUUCAAAAGCUUCUGAUGGACACUGCUAGCUCUGAGUAUCUUUUCAUUGAAGCAUUCUUUGGAGAAGAGUCAUUGUUUUAUCAAGUUUUUGAAGGACCUUUUGGUGUUAUUGAUCAACAUUUGGAUCUUACUCUUCCAAAUUGUCAUGAUGGGGUAUGCCUGAUGCUCAUGAUCUGCAUAACUAGGAAACACCAGUUGGUUAUGUCCAACAGACGGCUUCCUUGUCUUGAGACCUAUUUUGAUAAGGCUCUCAUCUAUCUCUGGCCACGUUUUAAGAAAGUGUUUGACAUGUAUCUUCAAAGCUUGUAUCAGUGCGAUGUGAAAAUGUUAUGGAUGGAUGGUACCCAUCCACACCAUAUUGUAAGGUGCUACGUGGAGUUCACAGCAUCCCUUGUUCAACUUAAUGCUGAAUGUGGAGAUGGUCAGCUUGAUAUGAACUUGGAACGCUUGCGGUCAGCUGUUGAUGACCUACUUGUUAGGCUCACCCAAAAUUUUACAACUCCCAAGCUGCAGCACCUGUUUCUCUUGAAUAAUUAUGACAUGGCUAUUUCUGUCCUGAAGGAAGCUGGCGAUGAAGCCAAAAAACUGCAAAGACAUUUUGAAGAGAAGCUAGAAAGUAACAUGAUGUCUUUUGUGGAUGAUUUGCUCAUGGAACAUUUCGGGGAUUUACUUCGAUUUGUGAGGAGCCGCGUCUCUGAAGACCUGAUAUUUUACACUGAGCGCCCAAAUAUUGCUGAUGUCGAGUCAGUUGUGAAGAACUUCGCCAUGAAGUGGAGAAGUGCUCUGGAGCUCAUGCAUAAUGAAAUUGUUACUUCUUGCAGUAACCUUUUGUCUGGGAUGGCGAUUCUAAAAGCAGCAAUGGCUCAGUUGCUAAAUGACUACAACAGACUCUCAGAAUGCGUUAAAAAAAUCCCAGGGGGGUCAGCUUUGAACAGAAAUCUUGUUUCCAUUACCUCGAUUUCAUAUGAAAUCAGGAAAUACUCAAGAACAUUCUAGUUGCUCAUCAGGGUGUCCAAGAAAAGUUAUAAAAAUUUUCAGCAUCGAUGCUUUUUUGUACCUUCCUACCAAUAUAUGCCAUUUGACAUUUUUAGUUUGAUUUUAAAAAUUAGGAAACUGUCAAGAAAAAGUUUGGAUAUUUAUUUACUUUAUGACCGUUAUUAUUAUUGCUCAUUUUAACGUAUCGUAUUAUUAGUAUAUUAUUGAAGGUUGCCAAUCAGACAUACUUGACAACAAUGACUAUGCGGUACCUAUAUUAUUUUCCAAAGUUUACUGAAUGCAAAAAUACUUGGUUCUCCAUGAAAGAGAAGUUUGUUCUGUAGUAACAGCCUAACAGGUAAAAGUUAAAGUGAUUAGCAAGAAUAUAAAAAAUAACACGCUACAGAUUUAUUGGAUGGUUAUCAAGUUUUAAUUUUGAUCAUUUCCUUUAUGUUUUUUCAUGGAAAAUUGUCAAGUAUCUAAGGUUACAUGCAUUUUUCUUGUAUUUACUUUUCAUUCACCGAAGCUUG